AGAUAUGUUUAUUGAGAGCAAUUCACUACUUUGAUUCAAGUUCCUUGGGGGUUUACCUUGGUUACCAUGCAUCAUUAAUUUGCUGUAUUGAGUUAUGAACAACAUUGAAUGAAGUAAUUAAGGUUCCGGGGGUUGAUUUUGCAUGUUUCUCCCCUUUGUCAUUACUUGGAAGCGGCUGGCAGAAUAAACGAUGCUUCGUCUACUGUUGUUUAGUCUACUGUUGUUUGUGCAAUUAUCAAGAUUCUUUGCCUCUGGGAUUGAAGUAAAGUCGAAGAUUUGCGGUGCCGAUCACAUAGCGUACUCGAAUUCGAACAGUCAUGAAUUGUUUUAUUUGAACGGCAAUCUAGUAGAUAAAGUUUUGUUCUGUAAGGUCCUGCAGUUUCACUAUGAAGAUAAUUGUGUGCUGGAAGGCUAUACCGGUGCAGAUUGUGGUUUGGAUGUUUCAUUAGCCGAUUUAUCAGUCGGAAGAGGACGGAAAUUAUUGCACGACCCCAAGAAAGAUGAGAUACCCGAUAAUAACCUGGAGGGGAAGGCUAAUCGUACAUAUCCGGCCUCAACCAAAGUAGGGAUAGCAGCAGCAGCUGGAGUAUUUUUAACUUGUGUUUUUGUAUGCCCCUGUCUAUACAAGAAAAAGAGACCUACCGACCACGCUGUUCUUUCCAGGGAUCUAAAUACAAUUGAAUCAGCUGCCCCUUCAGAAAUGAGUGUUCAUUCACUUCCCGAGAAGGUUCCGGCCAGCCCACUCAGAGUACCACCUAGUCCUUCAAGAUUCUCAAUGUGCAACUCUCCGCAGCUCUAUAGAAUCGGGUCAGUGCAUCUCAAUAUGGCACAAGUGACCAGAGCUACCCGUAAUUUCUCACCUACACUAAAGAUAGGCGAAGGAGGGUUCGGAACAGUGUAUAAGGCCCAUCUAGAAUCUGGCCAGAUGGUUGCGAUUAAACGAGCAAAAAAGGAACAUUUUGAGAAUCUGCAAACGGAGUUCAGCAGUGAAGUUGAACUUCUAGCAAAGAUCGAUCAUAGGAACCUUGUGAAGCUACUUGGUUAUGUCGAUAAAGGAAAUGAACGGCUUAUCAUUACAGAAUAUGUACCAAAUGGUACUCUAAGAGAUCAUUUAGAUGGUCAGCGUGGGAAGAUCCUAGAUUUCAAUCAGCGUCUUGAAAUCGCCAUCGAUGUUGCUCAUGGCCUCACGUAUCUCCAUCUCUAUUCAGAAAAGCAAAUCAUCCAUCGAGAUGUGAAGUCGUCCAACAUCCUUUUGACAGAAAGCAUGAGAGCUAAAGUGGCUGAUUUUGGAUUUGCAAGAGUUGGCCCUAUGGACUCAGACCGAACACAUAUUUCAACCAAAGUGAAAGGAACGGUAGGUUACCUUGAUCCGGAGUACAUGAAAACCUAUCAACUCACAACCAAGAGUGAUGUAUACUCUUUUGGGAUUCUACUUAUGGAAAUUCUGACUGGCCGCCGUCCCGUGGAGCUAAGGAGACCGGAUGAAGAGCGAGUGACUCCUAGAUGGGUAAGCUUUCGUAAGUAUAAUGAUGGACAUGUAGCGGAAUUGGUGGAUCCGAGGAUGGAAGAAUUUGUAGAUGCAGAAACACUAACGAAGAUAUUUGCCUUGGCAUUUCAAUGUGCGGCACCCGUCAGAAACGAUCGUCCGGAGAUGAAAUCUGUGGGAGAACAGUUGUGGGCAAUCAGGGCCGAGUACGUUAAGACUUCAAGGCGAGGGUAACUCUACGUAAUCCAAUAGUAGUAGUCUCCUCUCCCAUUUGCUCAAAUCCUUUUAUUUUUCUUUUGCUACUACUACUAUUUCCAGGUGUUUUUUUCUUUCCUUUCCCCCCUUCUUUUGGAGUAUACCAUAAGAUCCAAAUUUGGUCUUAACCAAAAGCUAUGAUUCGCUUUUCUUUUGUUCUUCGCCAUACCUCUUUGACUGUGUGUCAUUGUGAAAGCAUCAAAAGGAAUUAUUAAAGAGUAUUGCUCAACUUUCAUUUUAUUGGCUUGAUAGUAAAUGCUCCUCAGUACAUUGCAGCUGCA